AUGAAACUAUACGCAACCGCGCUGCUAGUCUUCAGUACUGUUGCAACAGCCAAAAGUAAUGAUGAAACCAAGCCAAUAAACCCUCUCCUGCUCUCAUCACCUCGUAAUAUUGACCACUCCGCAAAAUACAUCAAUCUACCAAUAUCGCCUGGAAAGCUCAGAGAAAACUUGCAGAACCAUGCCUCUGGCCCACAGACCUAUGGCACUGGAUCAAAGCCGAGCCAUUUAGAUCGUACAUUAGCAGACUACACGGUGCCAAGCCGCCAGGAAAUAGGUAUAGGAGGAGGAAUCUCUGGUAACAACCAAGGAGUCAAAAUUUAUGCUCAGUUCAAACAGCCGUUUCCCGACUGGUUGCAAAGCAUCACUGGGUUGACUAAAUGGCCAGACGAAAACGCACCGUAUAUUCCAUUAGACGAUAUUGAUCUGUCAGUGGUACCAAAAAUCCCCAAAAGAUCAUUAGGGGAUUGUAGCAAUGUUGAAAGAAGUCAUUGUUCAUUUGAGUGUUACAGAUGUGUGGCCCCAGAUGACAUCAUUACAUGUCCUGUCAUGUCUCAGACAUUUGACGAUGGGCCAAGCCCCAGCACUCCAAAGCUGCUAGACCAACUACCUAUAAAAACUACAUUUUUCACUCAAGGUAUCAAUGUGGUGAGAUUUCCAGAAACAGUCAGAUUACAACACCAAGAAGGGCAUCUACUUGCCUCUCACACAUGGAGUCAUGCCAAUCUUCCGGGUUUAUCAAACGAAGAUAUAGCUGCUCAAAUCCAGUGGUCGAUAUGGGCCAUCAACGCCACAGCCGGCGUGGUACCGAGAUACUUCAGACCCCCAUACGGGGCAAUUGACGACCGAGUGAGAACAAUAACAAGACAAUUUGGAUUGGUUGCAGUUUUCUGGGAUAAGGAUACGUUUGAUUGGAGAGUAAAUGAUAGAUCUAAAACAGAAAAUGAGGUUUACCAGGAAGUACGACAAUGGCAAGCAGAGACGCCUGGUGCAUUGAUAUUGGAGCAUGAUUCAACAAUAAAGACAGUCAAUGUCGGCAUUGAGGUAUCUAGGCUGAUUCAUUCAAAGCAAAUGACCGUAGCAGAUUGUGUUAAUGGACCAUGGUAUAAUGAUUGA